AUGAUGUACAUGUUUCUUUCGCCGAUGCUGUGGGCUGUACUUGUCGGUACCGUAUUGUUCCCCUUCAAGAAGAAUGUCACAAAUGCAGUUCAGGGCUGGCUGGAUCACCUUCACGAGACCAAUACACCACUGGUGGUGGGUGUAAUGGCUAUGCCGGUGUGCGCUCUAAAAUCUUUCUCUGAGAAAGUCUACUCAACUGCAGUAAGGGUAUACGUGCUUUCCUCUAUCUCCUUGUAUUUUGGCGUCUUCAAAGCAGCAGUGUUUUCUGGUUGUGCAGUUGUACUGGGUCUAUUAUCAGCCGGCGUAUGGGCAGUGGAUGAUCUAGAAACGCCUGAUGAAGGACAAGAAGAGGAAGUAACCAUUGAAAGUGAAAGCGAGACUGCGAAGUUGAUUGAAAAUCCUCACGAAGGCGAUACGACGUCCGUUGUUUCUCUGCACAAAGCUAUUGGUAGUGAUUCAAUGAUCCUUAUAGUUGCUGGAUUAUGUGCUUUAUCCUGGAUUGCGCGUCAUGAUUCUUCCCUUUUAUUCAUCGUCAUACCGUUCUUCAUCGCUGUUAUCGGCAGGAUAGGGUCGAAGAGUGGUUUCCUCUCAGCGAUCUGUGGAGCCAUUGAGUCUCUAUGGAGCCGCAUCCGUCCUCCUAUGAAGAAAAUCGUCGACAUCACAGUUGCCGGGCCCUUACGGAAAUUCGUGAAGGUACUGUUCACUUCGGAUCAGAUGCUAGCCUCAUCACUGCAUUCGAAAAUGGAUGUUCUAUCGUCUGUGGUCGUCAUGGGAUCCCUGGCCUUCUUCGCUCUUUCGGCGAUAUUAUUCGUUGGAUUCCAGCUCCACAGCGAGGCGGCGCACCUUGUUCGGCUCUCAACAAGCAUUAUUAACUCUCGUCCUGAUUGGCUCAGCGCUGCCAAAAAUUACACGGAGGACAAACUGGAAGAUCACGAUAUCGACAUCGAUGAGUAUGUGCAGCAGGGCUAUGAGCAAGGUCGUGCAUGGUUGGCGUCAAAUGUACGUUCUCUCGCUCCACGAGACAGCGCUCGCGCAGAUAUGCUUGAGAAGCAAGUGAUGCAGAUCGUGGACAAGAUAUAUAAAAUGUGGGAAGAAAGAGAUAGUGUUGUGCCAACCGCUGCUACACCGGAGGGUGAAGUACGAGAUUGGAAAGCGCAGUUAAUGUCGAUCACAGAUUUGCGUGCUCUGAAGCAGGAGAUAACCCUGAUAGUGAAGGAAAACCUCGAUACACUGAUGGGUGUUGUCUUCCUCACAAUGGUCUACUACCUUUUGUCAGCGUCACGGGAUCGCUGGCUACCGAUUCAGUGGUUCAAUGAUAUGGCUCAGUUGGCUACAAUCUCUGAUACGUCAAGUCCCUCCACACGUGUUGGUCAACUUCGUCAGCUACGAAUUACGAUGUCACUGGUGCCAUUGAGCAAGCUAUUUUGUAAGUAUUAA